GUGCUUAGAGUUGUUGAUGGCGGCUGAUUAUCUGGAUACUUGAUGUGUUAGGAGUAUGUUGUUGUCGUUGACCUGUUCUUCUUCGACCUUUUGACUGAUGGCUCUAGUUGCAUUUUUUACGAUUCAUGAGGCAACGACUUCUGCGAUGCAAGGAUUAUGACUGUUUCAACAACCGGAGUUGGUGGCUAGGUAUCUUCUAUAGAAAUAACCAUUGGUUCGGUUCCGGUAGGUAUCCUUCACGCGUACGAAAGGAACAUCUUUGCCCGUUAAGCAGACCUAUCGGCAGAGGCAGCCUUAUGCUACUUCUUCCCAUGUCAUGGAGCAUUCGCUCUAGGAGGCGGGACUCGGCCGCCGAUUUAGCCAUCUGAGCAUCCCGUCCGGUCCUAGCUCAAUGGCCGGACGAUCUAAAGAUGAUGGCAGAGCAGCCAUGUCCCUUUUAUUCAGGUCUCGUCCAUUUC